CGCAGGGUAUGUGAAUGGUUUUUACCUUUCAGACCAGAGAACAAAGUACACAGGAGAGACACCUGUGACAUACAUUAUUUAGAGUUUAGAAACAUCUUGGAUGUACAAUUCUGGGAAUAUUAUUGUCAAAACCGAAGGGCCUAAAUCUACCGAAACUACCUGGAUGGGUGAACAAACACAGAGUAACUGGGCUCUGAGGAUUUAAUGGAUAUUGUUUGCCAAAUGGAUUGUACUUGAGAGACGUAAACUGAAGUCGGAGAGAAGGUUGUUAACGGAACUACCAGCCAGGACUCCAUUUUGGAGGAAAGGCAGCUGAUCACCAUGGAGCCCCCUGGAGGACUCCGAGUGCCCAUUGAUGUUCUGGGAGAGAAUGAGGCGUUGCAGCAGUUCUUUGAUGGAUGCCAGGAUAUGAGUGGGGUCCUGGAGAGUGCGGUGGUGGACACCAGCAUACUGGAACAGUACCUCAGCAACGACAUGGACCCAACAUUCAUGUUACCAGAGUCACCACCAGAUUCUGGUUCAGAACCGUGCUCACCUCCGCAAAUACCAGACGUAAGCUACGGCUCCCAGGAAGUCUUCCAGCCAGUGACACGUCCUCCAGCCUCAUCGUGUCGAUAUAAAGAGCAGGCACCACAACCCCCACCACACCCAGGACUGCCAUACCACCAGGGGCUGACUAACUCUUACACCAAGGCAGGCACAUCUCCAGGCUCACUGCCCCACCACCCCCACUACCUGAGCCCAGGGGAGGGCUAUAUACAGGCUAACACUGCCCCCACAGCGCCCGUCCACCACCCCCACUACCUGAGCCCAGGGGAGAGCUAUAUACAGGCUAACACUGCCCCCACAGCGCCCGUCCACCACAAGGCUCUCCAGCAGCAUCAGCCUCCUCCACGCCAGGGCCUGGCAGACAGCUACCCCAGGGCCAACGCACCCCCGGUCCCAGAACUACCUCCAGGCCAAGCCGCACACCUAGCCCCAGGCCUAGGACUGCCCUCAUCCUGUCUACUACCUGUGCCUGGAUGCCCUUCAGAACCAGGAUAUUCAUACCUGCCUCCCACAGCUGGUCAACACACAGGGCUUAUAUUACCUGACUGUAAGAAGAGAAGACGAACAGAACCCCUUGAGGUACAGAACCAUUUAGUGGCUGUUCCUAUAGCAGCGGGUUCUGAGAGUGCAGGCGGUGACGUCCCGUCCUAUGACAGUGACGGGGCCAUAGGGAGCAGCUCUGGGAUGGGAGCCUAUCAGCUCCUCAGCUGGGAUCGCUACCAGCCUGGCCUGUGGACCACGCUCUACAACAGUAACUAUGACAUCCUCCCUUCCCCCGGUUACCAUGUGGACACUGAUAAAGGUUUCAACUACUCCACAGCUGACGAGUCCUUUGUGUGUCAGAAAAAGAACCACUUUCAGGUCACAGUUCACGUAGGGAUGGCCGGAGACCCCCUGUACGUCAAAACACCCAACGGCCCUGCGCCAAUAGACAGCUUCCAGGUCAAGGUGUUUGGUGUGAAGCUUGAGGCACAGACUCACAAAGUCACCAUAGAACAGUCACAGCCUGAUCGCAGCAAGAAACCAUUCCUGCCAGUCAAAGUGAGUCUACCAGGGGACAGGAUCACUAGAGUUACUCUGGGAAGACUGCACUUCAGUGACACCACUGCCAACAACAUGAGGAAGAAGGGAAAACCCAACCCUGACCAGAGGUACUUCCUGAUGGUGGUGGGUCUGUAUGCCACAGUGAGGGAAGAGAGUUACCUGCUGAUAGCAUACAUGUCAGAGAGGAUCAUAGUCAGGGCGUCGAACCCGGGCCAGUUUGAGAACGACAGUGAGGUGUUGUGGCAACGAGGACAGGCUCCGGACGCGGUGGUGUGCCAGGGGAGGGUGGGCAUCAACACCGACACCCCCGAUGAAGCCCUGGUGGUCUGUGGCAACGCUAAGAUCAUGGGGCAGGUUAUGCACCCCUCCGACCGCCGCGCCAAACACAACAUACAAGAGGUGGAUUCAACAGAACAGUUGAAGAGAAUAUCGCAGAUGAGGAUCGUGGAGUAUGACUACAAGCCUGAGUUCGCCUCAGAGAUGGGGAUCGAUCACAUACAUGAAACAGGCAUCAUAGCCCAGGAGGUGAAGGAGCUGCUGCCUACUGCUGUCAAAGAGGUGGGGGACAUCACCUGCAGCGACGGAGAGAAGAUCCACAACUUCCUCAUGGUGGACAAAGAGCAGAUCUUCAUGGAGAAUGUAGGGGCUGUGAAGCAGCUGUGUAAGCUGACUGACAACCUGGAGAACAGGAUUCAGGAGCUGGAGGUGUGGAACACACGGUUAGCCAAGCUCAAGAACAUGGGCAGCCUGCGAUCCAGCAGCAACGCUGCUAACAGCAGCAACCCUGCUAAAAGCAGCAACCCUGCUAACAGCAGCACUAAACGGAAGAUGAACAGACACAACAGUGUUCCACCACCACAGAAGCCAACACCUCUCAGAUCUGUCAAGGCAAAGUUCCACCGCUGCUUAAAACACAAGUUUGUCCAAGUCAGCAUGAUCAUUCUGGUAGCAACAAUAGCUUUCUGUUCUAUUGCCAUCACAGCUCUCUACAUGCUGACUCUGAGAGACGACACCGGCAUGCUGUUUCCUGGAAGCACCAACGAGACCACUGUGCAUCCUCUCUCCACCACAACAGUCAGGCCUACCUUAGGUAAACAUCCUCUCUCCACCACAACAGUCAGGCCUACCUUAGGUAAACAUCCUCUCUCCACCACAACAGUCAGGCCUACCUUAGGUAAACAUCCUCUCUCCACCACAACAGUCAGGCCUACCUUAGGUAAACAUCCUCUCUACACCACAACAGUCAGGCCUACCUUAGGUAAACAUCCUCUCUCCACCACAACAGUCAGGCCUACCUUAGGUAAACAUCCUCUCUCCACCACAACAGUCAGGCCUACCUUAGGUAAACAUCCUCUCUACACCACAACAGUCAGGCCUACCUUAGGUAAACAUCCUCUCUACACCACAACAGUCAGGCCUACCUUAGGUAAACAUCCUCUCUCCACCACAACAGUCAGGCCUACCUUAGGUAAACAUCCUCUCUCCACCACAACAGUCAGGCCUACCUUAGGUAAACAUCCUCUCUCCACCACAACAGUCAGGCCUACCUUAGGUAAACAUCCUCUCUCCACCACAACAGUCAGGCCUACCUUAGGUAAACAUCCUCUCUCCACCACAACAGUCAGGCCUACCUUAGGUAAACAUCCUCUCUCCACCACAACAGUCAGGCCUACCUUAGGUAAACAUCCUCUCUCCACCACAACAGUCAGGCCUACCUUAGGUAAACAUCCUCUCUCCACCACAACAGUCAGGCCUACCUUAGGUAAACAUCCUCUCUCCACCACAACAGUCAGGCCUACCUUAGGUAAACAUCCUCUCUCCACCACAACAGUCAGGCCUACCUUAGGUAAACAUCCUCUCUCCACCACAACAGUCAGGCCUACCUUAGGUAAACAUCCUCUCUCCACCACAACAGUCAGGCCUACCUUAGGUAAACUGCCUCUCUACACCACAACAGUCAGGCCUACCUUAGGUAAACAUCCUCUCUCCACCACAACAGUCAGGCCUACCUUAGUAAACCCAACAACCACCCCUGUCCCGUGGACUCCUGAUGUGGACUUCUGUAGCCUGAUCUACUGUGAAGAAGUGUUCUGCUGUCCCACUACAGCCUCCAUGGAUAAUACCAGCACCAUCUCUCCUGCCCUCCUCUCCUCCACUGUAUCUCCCAAUAUCGGGCCCUCUCUAGCAGAUAAAGGGAAAGACAAAUUCAAUGAAGAAAUCAAAGGUGCCGGAGAUUGGACAAACACAACGAUAAGGUCUUUUUUCAUCAAAGAAAACGAGCAGAUGAUUGACUCUCGGUACUGUGAGAGGGGAAGGUGUGGGUCAGGAAACUACUCCUUCCAAAUCCCCAUCAGCAAGUUCGUCCCUACCAACAUGCGUGUCACUGUCCAGAUGAAUACGACAGAGCUGCUGGUUGUCCACCUGUGUCAUCAUGAUGAGACAUUUAAAUGCUCUGCCUUGAUGGACCAUGAUCAAACCAACGAAGAUGACAAUUUCAUAAAUACACAGGGCUACGUCCAUGAAUGGCCUCUGCCAGUGUCUCGAUUCUACAGCAGCUCCUACCACUUCCGCUCAGCAGUGGCUGGCCAGGCAGACUGCAGUACCGACCGUGGCUUCGUGGGGGCGCUGUUCACAGACUACCAUUUCAACUUCUACCGGAGGUGUGAGUGAGGAAGAAGAUCUCAUCAUACUGUAGUUCCUCUGGCAGGCCAGCCAGUGUCCGAUUACGUGUGUGUCAAUGCUUCUCUUCAUGAUGUAUGGAAACUGUAAUAAUUCAUCCACUUUGUAUUGUUUUUCUAUGAAAUGUUGAGAUUGUUCUAUAUAAUCUCUUUUACAAGGACUGUAUAAGAGCAUAUUUAUUGAUACAGAAUUACAGUAGGUAAGAGUCAUUUGAUUAACUUUGCCUUGUGACAGUUCUUGCACUAUGUGAAAAGAGAUUGAACUGGAACAGACCUGAAUAGGAUCAUUUUGUUCUCAGUAGAAUGUAAUGCAGUAUAACAGGUUAUUGAUUACUCAUUAAACUAUACAUUGAUCAUGUCACACUGUUGGCACACAGGAGGACAGGAUGAGUCCCAAAGUAAAAUAGUACUUAUAUUUCAUACUUGACUGUGUAGGUAGCUAUUACAUUUAUUUCAGAAAGUAAUUGUGUUGAAUUCUGUGUUACUGCAAAAUGUCCUAGUAAUUACCAGGUAAAUACCAUUGGAAACUGUCAAAUAAAGUACUGAAUUCUC